AUGAAAAAAGCUAACAGUUACCACGGUCAUCGUUUUCCGCCUGAAAUCAUCAGUACAGCCGUUUGGAUGUACCACCGGUUCGCCCUCAGUUUUCGGGACGUCGAAGACCUCAUGGCGCAUCGUGGGGUGAUUGUGUCUUACGAAUCAAUUCGCCGCUGGUGCCUGAAGUUUGGACCGCAGUACCAACGGGUCUUGAAGCGCCGCGAGUCGAAGGGUGCAGACCAGUGGUUGGUUGAUGAGAUGUACAUUCAAAUAGGUGGUGAACAGUACUACCUUUGGCGAGCUGUUGACCAAGAUGGAGAUGUUCUAGAUAUCUUGGUGCAGCGCCGCCGCAAUCGUGCAGCCGCCGAACGCUUCUUUCGAAAAGUACUGCAAAGACAGGGUAGGGCGCCACGGGUCAUAGUUACCGACAAGCUCGCGAGUUAUCCAGCGGCGAUCCGAACGGUGCUUCCUGAGUCAGAACACGACACGCGAUGUUAUGCGAACAAUCGCGCAGAGAGUUCACAACAGGCAACUCGCAGACAGGAGCAAUGGGAUGGACUCCUCCUCACCCAGACUAUCCGGCGUCUAUGCGCCAAAAUGGCCAAUGCAAAUUAG